AUUGCGUUUAGUUUCCAUGUCCAAGAUGGUGUGAAAAUGUUAUGGAUAUUUAGCGCCGGAUUUUAAAUAUUUCAUGAACAUUAAUGAAGAUGAAAUGAAUUAAGGGAUACCCUAUGUUAUUGAAGUACGAACAGCAGAUAGCAAUUGAUUAUUGCUAACCGUUUUCAUGGGAAAAUACGUCGUGGCAGUAAAUAUCGAGAAAAGGGAUCUGAAACGGUUACAUUACACUGAAUUAGCCAUGAUCGGUAAUAUUCACAUGUGUUCCAUUUUCUACAUGAUUGUUUUAUAUAUUAUUUACUUGAUAAGAUCAAGAUAUCGUCAUGAGUGACUACAGCAAACUUGCGGUGUCAGCGGUAUUGCUGAUUUUUAUUUCACGGGCAAUAGCAAAUGAUGCAUAUACGGGAGGCCGCUCACCCUCCAUUCCGAAGUGUUCUCCGCCAUCUCUGUGCUACCCCGAUCCUGUCCUGUUUGAAAACUACACCAGACGGCGCGAGCUGCGAUGUCCUGUGGACAACCUGCAUUGCGAUAUACAGUACCAAGGCAGAGCUGAUUGCGUUAUGGUGGACACUGAGGCCGCCUACCGGAACGCCUCUGGUGCCGGGGUGACGGCCUCGUCCGAGCAGCGCUGUCGCUGCCGGCCCGCCUGGAGCGGCGACUCGUGUCAGACGGAACGGGACCCGUGCGCCGAGCACGACCCGUGCGGCGCCGACUGGCGGUGCCGGCGCGACCCCGACCGGCCGCUGGGACUCGGCUGCGGCUGUGAGGCCCGGCCCGGCUGGACGGCGGUGUCAGACCUGAUUCCUACCUGCACGAGAUCCUUGCGACGGACCAAACGCUCCAGUGCCAUGGACGUAUGCGUCCGCAUGCGAAUCUGCAAAAACGGCGGCACCUGCCGUUCGCAAGGGUUCCGGUUCCAGUGCGACUGUGCUCCGGGCUGGCGGGGAAACAGGUGCCAGUGGAGAGCCGCCGUCGUUGAGGAGCGCAACGUGGCACUGCAGAGCUGCAUCAAAUACCGACUCUGCAAACAUGGCGGGACGUGUGUGCCGCUUAGAGACCGCGAGUUUAAGUGCCUGUGUCCCCCCGGAUGGAAAGGCGUUGGCUGCAAAACACCAGAUGUGGCUGGGGGCUCGGUAAGCAGCCAGGUUCAACUGUGUCAAAGAGCCGGCUCGUGCAAAAACGGAGGCACAUGCUUACCUGCUGGCAACGCCUUUAGAUGUGCGUGUGCUAAUGGCUGGAAAGGAAACCUUUGUGAUAAAGUUGCAAACCGUCAGCUCGAACUAUGUCAAAGAGCUGGCUUGUGCAAAAACGGAGGCACGUGCUUACCUGCUGGUAACGCCUUUAAAUGUGCGUGUGCUGAUGGUUGGAAAGGAAAUUUUUGUGAUAAAAUUGCAAACCGUCAGCUCGAACUAUGUCAAAGAGCUGGCUUGUGCAAAAACGGAGGCACGUGCUUACCUGCUGGCAACGCCUUUAAAUGUGCGUGUGCUGAUGGUUGGAAAGGAAAUCUUUGUGAUAAAGUUGCAAACCGUCAGCUUGAACUAUGUCAAAGAGCUGGCUUGUGCAAAAACGGAGGCACGUGCUUACCUGCUGGUAACGCCUUUAAAUGUGCGUGCGUUAAUGGUUGGAAAGGAAACCUUUGUGACCAAGUUGUAAGCCGUCAGCUCGAACUAUGUGAAAAAGCUGGAUUGUGCAAAAACGGAGGCACGUGCUUACCUGCUGGUAACGCCUUUAAAUGUGCGUGCGUUAAUGGUUGGAAAGGAAACCUUUGUGACAAAGUUGUAAACCGUCAGCUCGAGCUAUGUGAAAAAGCUGGCUUGUGCAAAAACGGAGGCACGUGCUUACCUGCUAGAAACGCCUUUAGAUGUGCGUGUGCUAAUGGCUGGAAAGGAAACCUUUGUGACAAAGUUGUAAACCGUCAGCUCGAACUAUGUGAAAAAGCUGGCUUGUGCAAAAACGGAGGCACGUGCUUACCUGCUAGAAACGCCUUUAAAUGUGCGUGUGCUAAUGGUUGGAAAGGAAACCUUUGUGACAAAGUUGUAAACCGUCAGCUCGAACUCUGUGAAAAGGCUGGAUUGUGCAAAAACGGAGGCACGUGCUUGCCUGCUGGUAAGGCCUUUAAAUGUGCGUGUGCUAAUGGUUGGCAAGGAAACCUUUGUGACAAAGUUGUAAACCAUCAGCUUGAACUAUGUCAAAAAGCUGGCUUGUGCAAAAACGGAGGCACGUGCUUACCUGCUGGUAAUGCCUUUAAAUGUGCGUGUGCUGAAGGCUGGAAGGGAAAUCUCUGCGAUAAGGUUGUAAACCGUGAACUUGAACGGUGUCAAAAAGCUGACUUGUGUAAAAACGGAGGCACUUGCAAAGAGGCGACUUCCAGCACGUACCAAUGCGCCUGUGUUACUGGAUAUACGGGCAUGUCUUGCCAAAUUCCCCCCAAACCCGUCAACACCGCCCUCCAGAACUGCAUCAAGCUCAAGCUGUGCCAAAACGGCGGCACCUGUGAGGAAUUUGGCAACACAGCGUACAAAUGCCUGUGUCGAGGCGGUUUCAGCGGUGUGACGUGCCAGGUCCCGCCAAAGCCGGUCAUCCCUCCGGCACUGCAACGUUGUCAGGCCACACGCGCCUGCAAAAACGGCGGCCAGUGCGCCGUCUCCGGUACCGGAUUUAAAUGCAUCUGCACCAAAGACUGGGAGGGCAGCUCAUGCUCGUCUCACGUCAAUCUCUGCACGGAGAAGGGGCCGUGCCAAAACGGUGCCACCUGCCUCUAUGAUACGCGGAAAGGAUUCGACUGCCGGUGCCCACCAGCCUGGCAAGGAGAGACGUGUCAGUUUGCCCGCGACCCGUGCAAGACUUUGGAGUGCGGCAACGGGUUCGCGUGCUCCCGCGACCCCACCUCCCCUGCCGGCUACUCGUGCGACUGCGGCAGCAGACCCGGCUGGGGAGCCACUUCAGGCCAGUAGUGACGAGCAACCAAACUGCAUUAUUAGUGUAUUUGACGUGCAUCGAACGAAAGGAAACAAAAAUUGGGGUAUUUUUACAUAAGCACUAAGAAAAGACACGUUUUUGUCAUGAAUAAUGAAUGUUGCGAACGUUAAACAUAGACUUGUUCUCAGCUCAGACGCAAUUUAUAACGACAAUUCAA